AUGAACAACCAAUCGCAGGUACUUGAAAGCUUCGUCAAGCGGAUCUUGACUAAUUUGGACGAGACAGACCCUCAAAAACUGGCACAGUUCCUGCCGCUGGUCAACCCUACAGGCUGCAAGAUCAUUGUGAAUUCGACCCCUUUCGCACAGCCUACAGCGUUUCUCGAAGUAUGGCAAAGCUCAGUGGUCCAGACACAGCAUGUCUUGACAGCCGUGGACUACCAUGUAAUACCGGGGACGGGCACUUUGAUCUGCAACAUCAAUGGUAAGGUGCGCUUCGAUGAAAGUGGAAAAGACAAGAUGGGCCAGGACGCGGUUAUCCGAACCGACAACAUGGGGGCCGGCAGUGCGCCUGCAGCCAAGCACAGACCUCUGUGGGGGUCAUAUUACGGUGUGUCGCUACAGAUCGUCAUUGACGAACGAAUUUUCAACAACGACUUCAACUGCGUCGUGUCGAGUUUCAACUACACCAUGGUUUACAAGCCAGAGGACUCACUGAUGACGCUGUGA